AUGAAAUUCUCCACUACCACCGUUAUUGUCGCUGCUACUCUUGGCCUGGCUGCUCCUGCUUUCCAGCAGGAUGCUUCCAACAGCGACUUUAUCUACCAGCUCCAGGUUUCUGACAAGAACAACCAGUUCAACCAGCAGCUGUUCACCGAUGGAACCAACAUCUACUAUGGUCCCCGGAACCAGAACACUGCUCCUCAGGGCCAGAAUCUUGUGACAAUCACCGUCUUCAUGGACAGCAACGGAAACCUGCAGUCCAUCGACAACCAGAACCGAUACGUCUCUGUUGGCAGCAAUGGCCGAAUGCAGAUGUCCAACCAACAUCGAGGUCGAUGGAAUGUUCAGACCAACCGAAACAACAACAAUGAUGUUUCUCUGCGGUUCGACAACAACCCCAAAUUCCUGGCUUGCCCUGUCCAGAACUACAACAGCGGUUCUCGAUCCAGAGGCAAGCGAGAAGAGUCCGAGUCUGCUGCCGCCCGGAAGGACCACCAGAACAACUGGAACAAUAACCAGAACUGGAACAACCAGAACGGCCAGAAGGACAACCAGGUUUACCAGGUUUACGUCAACAACGCUCCCUGUGCCAACCCCGUUGAGCUGUCCCUGAACGGCCAGAAGCGGGGUCGACGAAACCAGUGGAACAACCGAAACAACCGAAACGUUGCCCGAGAUGUGUCUACUGAGACUCCCGAGGCAACCAUUGUUCUUCGAGUCAACGGAGUCACCCGACAGAACGCUAUGUAUUCUCCUGUCUUCAACCAGGAUGGCCGAAUGUACACCCAGAUGCAGCGAGACAACCACCACUUCUCCGACGACCAGCACGGCAACAACAUGUUCCGACUGUCGCAGGAUGGCCAGAUCAUCGACACCCGAUCCCAGCAGUACGCUCGGCUUGGCCAGAACCAGCAGUUGUCCAUGACCAACAACCAGAAUCAGGGACUGCUGUUCACUGUUGACAUCAAUGGAAACCUGCAGUACAACGGUAACCAGUUCCUAGCUUGUGAUACAGGAAACAACGGUCUGUACGAGGUUCGACCUGCCGGAGCCGAGGGAGCUGCAGCUUCUUGUGCUAACGCCCAGGCAAUUACCAUCCAGAUUGACCAGCAGUAA